ACGCUGCGACUGGAAAUCUGCAGCCCAGAGGAAGCCCUCUCCCUGCGAUCGAUACAAACACGCCUGUGUUAUCUGCAGAGGAUUUGUUUAUCUCUAUGGAGGGCGGAACACCACCAGUCUUAGAGAUUUUUGGCGAUACAACAUAGGGCACCCUGUAUAUUUUUGGUGGAAUGGUGGAUUCUGCUUUCACACAAGCAAAAACCCCUCUCUGGAUGUAUGACACAGGUAUGAUGCACAAUAGCCAGUGUCCUCCUUGGGACAUUCCAAGGCCAUAGGUACUAAUAAAGAGUAAAAACCAACCCGCUUUCUGCUGCUUGUAACAAGCCUUCCCUGGGCUUUACAAGAAGAAAUGUGUGUAGAACUGAGGACGCAGUUUUCCUCUACAAUUAGGCUGUUGAGCUUUUAAAGGAAUCAGCUGUUCCUUUAAUUGCAUGGUUAUUAGUAUUGUUAUUAUUAUUUAGGAAAGCUUAAUGUAUUUUCAUGUCUCUUUUUUCAUUCCUCCUCCCUGCCCCAGAUUUUCUAUUCAACCACAUUGUGGCCUCUUUGCUACUUCACUGCAUAACUUUAAGUCAGCUGGUUUGUUUUAGCCUUCAUUUUCCAACAUGGAAAUACCUGCUGCUACGGCAGAGAUUCUCAGAUAGAAGCUUCUGUGUACCAUACAUUUAAUAGGAGAAGGUAUUCUGUUACUCACAGUGCUUACCAGUGAAAAUUGUGAAUGAGUUACUCAGAAGUUUUGUGUCUUUUUUUUUUCGUGGUCAUUAUUUCAGUAUUUCCUUGCAAGUAUAGCUUUUAAUAACAUGGACUUGUAAUUCUUCCUUAUUCUUAUCAGAUGCUGAGUAUCUGCUACCUCCAGUCCUUCAGAUCAGUGGUUUUUGACUGUUACCCGAGGACUGGUUUUAAGCGAUCUGUGAAAAGGAAAGAAAAAUAAGGCUGUGGUUGUAAGGUUUACAUAAUACAUACCAGGAUCAUUUUUUUUGCACUGUGAAAUUUAGCUUUAGGAAACAAAAAAUCCAAUAUGGCAUCUCGGGUGCUUUGAUAGCAGAUAAGGAUACAGGAGAAGUAUCAAACUGUCAGCUCCCCGGCACUGCUGUGUUAGGGGAAGCAGAUUUCUUCAUCCUUGUCAGUGGAAAACAGCAAGAUGAGAUUUACUUGAAAAUUAGGUUUGUAAUUCGAAGCACUGUGUUGGAGGAGUGUCCUCUUGUGGUCUGCGGUAUAAACUGCGCUUUAUUAAAAUAAUCCCCCAGAUUCUGCAAGAUGGACAGAGGGCCGCGACGUACCAGCAGAGAUGGAGGUAAGGAGCCAGGAAGUGGUGAAUGUGUGAAUCAAAUGCCUGUUGCUUUGUUGAUUAAACAGAUUGCUUUGAAAUAUGUUCCUCCAAACAGUUCCAAACUAAUCUCUUCAGAGACAUGUGGCUACACUUUAUUUCUCUGCACUUGCAAUAAUUAAGGCUUUUUCCUUCUUUAAAAUUGCUGCUCUUCAACUUUCUAUAUAGCACGGAAAUUUUAAGCCCUCCCCUCUACUACUUGUUCUGUUUUUCUAAAAUCCUUAUAAAGAAAACCAAUUUUAAAUGAUACACUGCAACCACGGAUGCUUUUAAAACAGGGGUCUGAAAACAGAUGGGCAGUCACACCAAUACAUUUUGAAAUGUGAAGUGCUGCAGCAUUUUUAUUUCUUUAGUCUGAGCACAUUGGACUCCUUGAGAUAUUGCUGCUUUUAAAUGAAACCUCAGUGUAAGCAUUGAGGCAAUGGUCUGAUGGAUUGGUUUUAUAUCGCUGCGUGUAAAGAACAACUCGUGGGAUUGCUUCAGUUGUGGGUUUAUCCUGUAUUUUCAAAGAAUUUUAACACAACCCAAAGCAAUGGUUUUCAUUACUUGGAAAUAUUCCCAAGACAGAUUGAUAUGACUUUAUCUGUUAGCAUUUCUUUUUGCUUUAUUACUAAACUAUUUCAGAGUUUGGCACCUACUAACAGAAAAGGCCACAGUGCAGUAGUGUACCAUGCCAGCAUGUACAUCUAUGGGGGAUACGUUGGCAUCAGAGGCAUCUCACAGGAAUUUUGGACUUUCCAUUUUGAUACAAGAACGUGGUUAUACGUUUCCACCCCACCUCACAACACUGGCCCAGGACCUCGGCACGGUCAUUCGGCAGUAGUUUAUCAUACAGCCAUGUACCUCUUUGGAGGACUGGUGGGGCUGAGUGAACAGAAAGAUUUAUGGAAGUGGGACUUUGGAAACAGCAGCUGGUAUAACAUCAGAACAAGCCAAGGACCUCCUCCAGUGGUAGGUCAUGCUUCAGUAGUCUUCAAAGACUCAAUGCUGGUUUUUGGUGGAGGGAUUUCCAACUCCAGUCCUAAUGAAGACCUCUGGAAGUACCAUUUCCACACACAGACAUGGAAAAAGCUAAGCGGCCUUACGAAGGCAAACUUUUCUCCUAAAAUGUAUCACUGCAUGCUAGGAAUUGGCGUUGGCUUUCAAACUACCUCAGACUUCACUAAUACAUUCCCCAGUCAUUGUAAGAGUAGGAAGGACCACCACCAGCUGGUGACCAUCCCGAAGCACUCCCGCUUCUGCAGCUACUUCCGCCAGCAGCCUGCGUACCGAGCGUUCAGCAACGAGGACAGCGGUGCCAUCGAAAUGAAAACCUUCAGCUUCCCUCUGGAGCCAGUGGGCUUUUGUGCAUUUCAAACCACUCCAGAGGUAGAACUAGACCCAAACAGAGCAACAAGCAUUUUGACAAAGGAUGGGUCUGCCCCUCUGUUUCUCUCUUCGGAAAAAGAGACUUUUGCUGCUGCUGCUGUUGUGGAACAAGAGGAGGGAACCAACUGUCAGCAUGCAGCUGCAGGAGCUGAAGUUAGCAGUGAUGCCAAUGUGCUGCUGCUCAUUGGAGGCAAACCUUUGUCCAGCUUCUCUGAAAUCUCAUUCUGGCAAAUGGGGUUUGAUAGUUUGUCAUCCCUUUGAACGCAAAGCAAAAGGACAAAUCCCCACCAACGUGCUAGGAGGCAAUGAACCAACCAACCAGUGUUUUCAGUUUUCUAUCAGCUCGCUGGGAAAAGAACAAAACCUUCUCACACAUGCUAUGCACAGAUUCUUUUUUUUACAAUGUGAACAAAAAGCUCUCUGUAUGUAAGCCACAACUGACGUAAAAAUUACAGUUCCCAGGAGGAGCUUGUUGGAACUCUGCUGCCAUUGUUACCUUUCCCUUCUGAUCACCUAACAUCCUUAAGUCACUGUGGCUGAUGCUGCAUAGAAAAUCAGAUGUGCAGCAAUGGCUCCAUAACUGUCAUCUGAAGUGUUUGCUCAUCUUGUGGUGUGCCAAGUAAAAGAUACACACCUCUACAACUGCAGUGUAAUCCAGUUUGGGCAUGUUACUGCCAUGUUUGGCUACGAGGGAUCUGAUGAAUCCCAAUGGCUUAUUACCUAAUGGUAACCAGAGAACCUUCUUUGCACAGUGUGUCCGCAAGAGCACAUAGCAGCAAAUGCAUUGAGUGCAUUGCACCAAAUGUGUUACACAUCGCCCCUCUGCACCAAGGAAAUCCUGAGCCUUUGUGUGGUUUAUUUUUCUUCGUUUAAAACUUCAUGAGCACUCAGAUUCACCAAGAAAGGUGGUUUUUGGAGAGAGAACACUGUCCAGCAUUGCAGGUAUUUGUGUGUAAGUUACUGAGGCGUUGGCCUUCUCACUGAAUCCGGCAUCCUGUAAGAAGAAAUGAUGAUGUUUGAAAGACAUAUUUAAUAUUUCCAAAUAUUU